AUGCAUCUGAAGAAGAGAGACAUGUCGCUCAGCGAGACCUACGUGCUCGCCCACACGGCCAGGGCAAAGCUCACCCGCGAAGCUGCCAGAGCCGACCACCACCUACGCCUGCUCGUCGGACACGCCAACAUGCUCGACAACCUCAUGCUUGACCUGGCCGAGGCCGAGCGGGAGCGCGAGGCAUGGUACAACCAGGCCAUCAGGUCCAGAUCUACUUCUACAUCAACAACAUCAACAACAUCAACAACUGCUGCUGCACCAGCGCCGGUCUCGGGCAAGCGCAUCCAAUGGCUGGACACCGUUGUCAGACACGACGAGCCAGAGGACGACAGCGACAACGACAACGGGGAGUGGGACGCCGUCAGUGACAGCGACUCAGACGACUCCUCAGACUAUGAGACCGACGGCGAUUUCCUGGUCGACAUCGCCAGCAAACGGCAUCAACAGAGCAGCCCUGCCGCUGCGGCUGCGGAGCUAUACCCGAUCAAGUUCUCUCCCGCCAGGGACUUCGACCUCGGCCUGGACAACAACAACAACAACGACAACAACAACAACGAAGAAGCAGAAGAAGAGUACGAUGACUACGGCGACUACGACUAUGACGACGGAGACGAGCUCACUCUCACUCGCACUUCGUCCCGGCAACACCAGCCGCCAGAGCUCCUGCACGACUCCGACGAGGAGUCCGAAGACGACAUGCCCCCUUCUCCUCCAAGCACCACCUUCGACUCCUUCUCUGCCGUGGCUGCUGCUGCUGCUGCUGCUGUUACUGCUGCUACGGCUCCAGAGAAGGCUGUUGGCAAGGAUAUCCAUGCAGACCAGCCCGCCAGCCCCAGACUGUCUCCCGAAGAACAGUCCUCCUUCGUCGAGCAGGGCUUCUUCCUGCCGCCCAGGAACCCGGCCAGGACAGCUCAGACGAUGAUUGCCGCCUUUUAA